GUUCAGAAGCAGCCUGCCAGGCACUGGAGCCAAAAUGAAGCCCCCAGCCUCUGUCUGCAACUGUGCCAUCCUGCUGGUCCUGUUGCCGCUGCUGGCUGUCCUCCAGACCACCCAUGCCCAAAAGAAUGCCAUCGACAUCUACAGCCUCACUGUGGACUCCAAGGUCUCCUCUCGGUUUGCCCACACGGUCAUCACCAGCAGGGUGGUCAACAAAGCGGAUUCCAUGCAGGAGGCCACCUUCCAGAUAGAGCUGCCCAAGAAAGCCUUCAUCACCAACUUCUCCAUGAUCAUCGACGGUGUGACCUACCCAGGGAACAUCAAGGAGAAGCAUGCAGCCCAGGAGCAGUACAGUGCGGCCGUGGCCAGGGGGGAGAGCGCUGGCCUUGUCAAGGCCACUGGGAGAAAGAUGGAGCAGUUCCAGGUAUCGGUCAGCGUGGCUCCCGCUGCCAAGGUCACCUUCGAGCUGGUGUACGAGGAGUUGCUCAAGCGGCGUCUGGGAGUUUAUGAGCUGCUGCUGAAAGUCCAGCCCCGGCAGCUGGUCAAGCACCUGCAGAUGGACAUUCACAUCUUCGAGCCUCAGGGCAUCAGCUUUCUGGAGACAGAGAGCACCUUCAUGACCAAUGAGCUUGCAGAUGCCCUCACCGUCUCACAGAACCAGACCAAGGCUCACAUCCGAUUCAAGCCGACGCUGUCCCAGCAACAGAAGUCUGCAGAGCAAGAGGACACAGUGGUGGAUGGCGACUUCAUCGUCCGCUAUGAUGUGAACCGCACCCUCUCUGGAGGCUCCCUUCAGAUAGAGAAUGGCUACUUUGUGCACUACUUUGCCCCGGAGAGUCUGUCCAUGAUACCCAAGAAUGUGAUCUUCGUCAUUGACACCAGUGGCUCCAUGAUAGGCAAGAAAAUCCGGCAGACUCGGGAAGCCCUCAUCAAGAUCCUAGAGGACCUCAGGCCCGAAGACCAUUUCAACCUCAUUACCUUCAGCAGGGAGGCAACCCAGUGGAAGCCAUCUCUGGUGCCAGCUUCGACCCAGAAUGUGGAGGAGGCCACGAAAUAUGCUAACACCCUCAAGGCCCAUGGAGGAACCAAUAUCAACGAUGCGAUGCUGAUGGCCGUGCAGCUGCUGGAGACAGCCACCCGGGAGGAGCAGCUGCCCUCAGGGAGCGUGUCCCUUCUCCUCCUCCUCACUGAUGGCGACCCCACUGUGGGCGAGACCAACCCCAGCAAGAUCCAGAAGAAUGUGCAGGAGGCCAUAGGCGGUCAGUACAGCCUCUUCUGCCUGGGCUUUGGCUUCGACGUCAGCUACGCCUUCCUGGAGAAGCUGGCACUGGACAAUGGCGGCCUGGCUCGGCGCAUCUACGAGGACUCGGACUCCGCCCUGCAGCUGCAGGACUUCUACCAGGAGGUGGCCAAUCCCCUGCUGACUGCAGUAACCUUUGUGUACCCAAACAAUGCCGUGGAGGAGGUCACGCAGGACAACUUCCGGCUGUUCUUCAAGGGCUCCGAGAUGGUAGUGGCCGGGAAGCUCCAGGCCCAGAGCCCUGAGGUGCUCUCAGCCCAAGUCAGCGGGAAGCUGCCCACAGAGAACAUCACCUUCCAAGUGGAGUCCCAGGUGGCAGAGCAGGAGGAGGAGUUCCGAAAGCCCAAGUACAUCUUCCACGGCUUCAUGGAGAGACUCUGGGCGUACCUGACCAUCCAUCAACUGCUGGAGCGAAUGGUUUCCGCAUCCGAUGCUGAUAAGAAGGUCCUGGAGAAGCAAGCUCUGGGCUUGUCACUCAACUAUAGCUUUGUCACCCCCCUCACGUCCAUGGUGGUCACCAAACCAGAAGGCCAAGAACAGUCUCAAGUUGCUGAGAAGCCCGUGGAAAGUGGUGGGUGUGAGAGUGGGCUCCUAGCCUCUGUGGCAGCAGAGUUUGGACCCAGUCUUCUCCCCAGCCCCUCCCCACAUCCUGACCAACACCCUUACUUUUUCUUUCAGAAACAAGCCCUACAGCCCCAAAACCAGGUAAGUUGCCUGCCUUCCUCUGCCCCCCUUCCCAUCGCUGCUCUCCAGAUUGUUCUACCUGCCCCAGCAACCACAUCUGCUGCCCCAGCCCCCAUCCAGGCUCCCACCGUCAUCCUGCCUCUGCCGGGGCAGAGCGUGGACCAGGUCUGCGUGGACAUCAAGCGCACCCCGGGGCCAUCAUUACGCCUGCUCUCAGACCCUGACCAAGGUCUCGAGGUGACUGCGGAGUAUAAUAUGCAGAAGGCCCAGUUCUCCUGGAUCAAGGUGACUUUCAAGAAUCCCCAGCUGCAGGUCCGCGUGUCCCCUGAGCAUGUGGUCGUGACUAGGGGCCGAAGAAGCUCUGAGUACAAAUGGAAGGAGACGCUGUUUGUGGUGAUGCCUGGCCUCACGAUGACCAUGGACAAGGCAGGGCUCCUGCUGCUCAGCAGCCCAGACAAAGUGACCAUCGGCCUGCUGUCCUGGGACGGCCCUGGGCAGGGGCUUCGGCUGCUUCUGCGGGACACUGACCGCUUCUCCAGCCACGUCGAUGGGACCCUUGGCCGCUUUUACCAGGGCGUGCUCUGGGGGCCGCCAGAUGCCACAGAUGACAGCAAGCGAACACUGAGGACUCAUGGGUUUGACUACAGUGCCACCAGAGAGCUCAAGGUGGAUUACCAAGAGGGGACCCCAGGAACAGAGAUUUCCUGCUGGUGUGUCGAACUAUAGUCCUGAUGGCAGGAGUUAUACCCACCCAUUCACCCUCCUCCCCCCUUGCCACCCCACUGUGUGCAGAUGGCUGUCAUCUUGUGACCAGAGCUCCCUGUUGGGUCUCGCCGUUUUGGGGAGGGGAGUGCCACUUAUUACAAAUAAAGGAAGGUAGUGUAAA